AUGGCGGACACAUCUCCCCAACCCGCUGCCACACAAGAUGGCGAGAAGCGAUGCUUCAUCUGCCUCAUGGACGAAAACGAGUCCGGCGCCUCCGAGUCCGCGUGGGUCAACCCGUGCCCCUGCACCCUCGAGGGCCACCAGGACUGCAUGAUCCAGUGGGUGACGGAGCUGGAGCGCGAGGGAAAGGAGAUCCAGUGCCCGGUCUGCAAGGCCGCCAUCAACAUCGACGAGCCCUACGACCCGGCGCUCGCGCUGAACAACCACAUCUACAAGGCCUUCAGCAAAGUGUCACCCGGGCUGAUCCUCGGAGGUCUAGGCGCGGGCACGUGGGUCGGCCUCGCCAUGUACGGCAACAUCGCCGUGCGCGUCUUCGCGGGGCCCGAGGCGACGUAUCGGUUCUUCUUCAACGACAGCAAUCCCAGGGGGAUGCCCAUGGUCAACUGGAUCCAUGUCGCCAUCCUACCUACGAUUGCGCCUGCCCUGCUCCUGAGCCAGUCGUUCCCCGUCUUGGGCAACGUCUUCUUUAUGCCGGCGGCUGCGUUGUACGGCGUCUUUCGCAUGGCGCGCGACGUCCACUUCUUCUCCUGGCCGCCGUCCCCUCAACUCGCCGCGGCGUGCUUCCCAUACAUUAGAGCCGCGUAUAACAAUUUCCACCAUGAGUUUAUCUGCCCGUACGAGAGGAGAUGGGAGCGCACGAUAGCAGGCCUUCCCGAGCCGGUAACGCCGCCAGCCAUCGACCGGCCCAACGAGAACCGCCAGCGCCGGGCCAGGAAUAACGACGGCGCCAACAACGAUGGUGGCGGCCGAAACGUCGGUAUUAUGGGAGGUCUGCUCGGUGCCGCCAUCGACAUGCUGGACAUCCCGGACGUCGCCAUGGAGGUCGAGCUCGAGGCGGCCGAGAUGGGGGAGCAGGACGGCAUUGCUCAAUUUCAGAUCGUCGUCGAGGAGCUCGAGGACGAAGAGGCAGAGCGGGAGAACGCAGCCAGGCAGAUCGCCGAAGCCAUGGCCGACGAACAACCGCAACCGCAAGCCAACCAGCAACCGGCGGCGCCCCAACAAGCCGCUCAGCCGGCGCCCGCCGCCCCGCGCCAGCGAGGCCUCCAGGCCAGCCUCCGGGACAUCACGAACGCGCUGGCGGGCACGCUCCUCCUGCCCGUCAUCUCGGCCGGCAUGGGCGAGCUCCUGCGUUUGGUCCUGCCUAAGCACUGGACCACGCCGGUGGGCGGAUUUGGCCGGUUCAAAGUCCGGACCGGCCUUCUGCAGGACCAAUGGGGCCGUAAUCUCGUCGGCGGCUGCAUGUACAUCGUGCUCCGCGACGUCUUCCGGCUGUACACUAAGUACCGCAUGGCCCGGAAUAAGCCCCUACGCAAGGUCCGAAACGUGGACCGGCGGAGGAACCAGGGAUCUUCUUCUUCGUCGUGA